UAAAAGGCAAUUAACGCAGUUGAAGUUAGAAAAGCAACGUCAGUUUAUAUAUAUGCGCCAUGGCGAUGAUUCUUCAUUCAGAUCCUCCAAACCUGUGAACUCUGAUGUUCAUUUUCCCACUUCCAGAAUCAUCGUCCCAAACCCUAACCCUAAUAGCGAGAAAGAGAGAGAUAGAAGGGAGUAUUUGUUGACUGAGAAGAUUCAAGCUUGUAUUGCUACGUAUAUGUGCAUGUACUACUGUUAUUGAAGAGAAUGGCGAUAAUUGGCGAUGCGCUUCGACAGGCGUUCAUGCCGAAGAACGAGUACGAGAGCCUGCGGGAAGAGGAUAAGGCUUGGCUCCGGCUGCGGAAGCCUUUCGUAGUGUUCUCAGUAGCUCUAAUUUCGAUCGCGGUUUUGCUUUCCACUCUGAUUAGCUUCAGCAUAGUGUUCCCGGAAGAUCCGGCACGACGCCCCUUUUGCGGGGACGUACGAAUUCAACCACUUUCUAUCAAUAUCACCGCCUCGGCAACGACGACGACUAUAAGCGGUGGGGCCGGCAGAGGUGGUGACUCCGAUAGGAAUUUUGGGGCUUUUUAUCUCACCAAUCAGGAGACUGUGGAUUAUUAUUGGAUGGUUGUGUUUAUACCGUCGUUUGUUGUUUUCGGCGUUUCUGCAGUGUAUCUGAUUUCAGGAAUUGUUGUUGCAUAUACUGCUCCUUCAAGGCAUGGAUGUUUGAAGGUAGUUGAGAAUAACUACUGUGCUUCUAGAAGAGGAGGAGUGCGAUGUCUAUCAAUUCUCAACAUUGUUUUUGCUAUCAUUUUCGGACUUUUAGCACUGUUUCUUGGUUCAACCCUGCUCACUCUUGGAAGCAGCUGUUCUGUGCCCCUGUUUUGGUGCUAUGAAAUCGCAUCAUGGGGGCUGGUAAUUCUAUAUGGAGGAACUGCCUUCUUCUUGAGAAGAAAGGCUGCUGUAAUUCUUGAUGAAAGUGACUUCACCGGACACAAUCUUGGAGUAGAAAUGCUUGAAGCAAAUCCCGUUGAAGUCACUCCAGAGAUGGAGAGACGCAUAAAUGAAGGUUUUAAGGCAUGGAUGGGUCCAUCUUUUUUGUCCUCCGAUGAGGAAGAUGAAUCUGACAACUAUAUGGAAGUAUCAACUUUAUCUCGAACCAAUUCUAGCCGUCAAAGAGUGUAGUGUCAUCCUCAAAUCUUCUUACAUCUUAUUGAAGCCUUCUUUCCAAACCAACAAAGUGCCAACGAGAAAUGUGAUGUGCCAUCAAUUUUCCCAACUUGGAACACUGCAGGGUUGGACCUAGUGUAUGGAAGGCGUCAGUUGACAGUUGUAUAGUUGUUCAUACGACUGAUCCAUAAUGCAGGAUUGAAGAGACCAUAAGAUUAAUUCAUUCAGAUAUAGAGUUUCAAAGCUGUAAAAAGUUAGCUGAGAAAAAUUAUAUUCUUGCUUGUCAGGCCAGGGUUGUUAGAUAGUUGAUAUACAAACGUUUCUGCUAAUCUUUUCUGGAAUGAUCACUAACUGAUGCAACGUAUUAAAUUGUGUUUAAUUGAUUUUU